GGCUCCUCUCAUCAGGAUCUGCCUCAGCGAACCGGAAGCAGCGGCUCAGUGGCUCAUUGGGGAAAAACGGUGAAAGGCGAGAAGUGAACGUAGAGCAACAUUCCUCGCCUCCAGCCAAAAUGAUCCACAGCCUGUUCCUCAUAAACGCCUCAGGGGACAUUUUCCUGGAGAAGCACUGGAAGAGCGUGGUCAGCCGCUCAGUGUGCGACUACUUCUUUGAGGCACAGGAGCGCGCCACCGAGCCAGAGAACGUCCCUCCAGUGAUCUCUACGCCGCACCACUACCUUAUCAGUGUGCUCAGGCAUCGUAUCUACUUCGUGGCGGUCAUCCAGAGCGAAGUGCCGCCGCUCUUCGUCAUCGAGUUUCUGCACAGAGUUGUCGACACAUUCCAGGACUAUUUUGGAGUGUGUACAGAGGCUGCCAUUAAGGACAAUGUGGUAGUGGUGUAUGAACUACUGGAGGAGAUGCUGGAUAAUGGCUUCCCACUGGCCACAGAGUCUAACAUCCUCAAAGAGCUCAUUAAGCCCCCCACCAUCCUCCGCACUAUGGUCAACACCAUCACGGGCAGCACCAAUGUGGGUGAACAGCUCCCUACAGGCCAGCUGUCCGUGGUGCCAUGGCGACGCACUGGGGUCAAAUACACAAACAACGAAGCUUAUUUUGAUGUGGUGGAGGAGAUUGAUGCAAUCAUCGAUAAAUCAGGCUCCACAAUAACAGCAGAAAUCCAGGGAGUUAUUGAUGCCUGUGUAAAGCUGACGGGGAUGCCUGACCUCACCCUGUCAUUUAUGAAUCCUCGGCUGCUGGAUGAUGUCAGCUUCCACCCGUGUGUUCGGUUCAAGCGGUGGGAGGCCGAGCGGAUCCUCUCCUUCAUCCCCCCAGAUGGAAACUUCCGGUUGCUCUCAUAUCACGUCAGCUCUCAGAAUCUGGUGGCAAUCCCAGUGUACGUCAAGCACAACAUCACCUUCCGCGAGGGAAGCUCUCAGGGACGUUUUGAUUUGACCCUGGGCCCCAAACAGACCAUGGGUAAGUCUGUGGAGUCGGUCCUGGUCAGCAGCCAGCUGCCCCGUGGAGUCCUCAACGCCAACCUCAACUCCUCCCAGGGAACACAUACCUUCGACCCAGUCACAAAGAUGUUGACUUGGGAUGUUGGUAAGAUCAACCCACAGAAGCUUCCCAGUCUGAAAGGUACCAUGAGUCUGCAGCCCGGAGCCUCCAAACCCGACGAGAACCCCACCAUCAACAUCCAGCUCAAGAUCCAGCAGAUGGCCAUCUCAGGACUUAAGGUUAAUCGACUGGACAUGUACGGUGAGAAGUACAAACCUUUCAAAGGCAUCAAGUACAUGACGAAGGCUGGCAAGUUCCAGGUCCGGACAUGAAGACUCCUGCUCAGUGACAACUGGACCAAACCACAAUAAGACAGAGGGGUUACGUGUUGGGGGAAGGGGAGUUGGUACAUACCCUGUGUAUAUGCUUUUCAGGAUUCACCUACACCAACUGGAGGGUCCUUGUAGCAGAUGAAAAUGGGCCAUUUCACAUAGAAACGUGAAUUAAAAGCAUCAAAUGUCCAGAAAACAGGUUAAACAAAUGUUUAUAAAAAUAAAAAAACAUUUCUAUCUGAACUGAACCCAGGGCAAACCCAGCUGAUCACAAUGUGCUGUAUAUUACUCCUGAAUAAGAAUUUCCCUUUAUAAUUUUAAUCCUGAGCUCAAAUCAAACCCAAGCAGUUCCAAGUUUCAAUUCAGGCGUAAGUUAAAAAUGCAUUUCAAGCUCUCACUAACAAUCUGCUGCUGUCCUGUUUCAGCCUCGAAAGUGAUCCGUCCUCCACUUGUCCACUAUUUCGUUAGCCGUAAUGUUUGUCUGGAUCGAUGAGUGCAGGUGAUUAUUAUUUGCACACCAAACAAGAGAUAUUAGAUAUUGGACCAAUAGUAAAUCAAAACAGAGCUCCCCAGUCAUAAAUUCUGAUAGCAUGAGUUACAUAGUAUGAUUAAAAUUACAGUAUUUCCCCAUAGGUCAAAAGACCCCUGCAAGAUGAAACAAUAUCUUUGUCUUACAGCACAGUAAUACACCAAACUAAGUCAGGAAACUGUUGAUUGGCUGGAUGUGCUCUAACGACUGACACCUUUUGUUCCAAAUCAAAUUAAAAUUUCCAUUUCUUUCUCCCACAUUUCACAGAAUAGAGCUACUAUGAUCAUCUGCGUUCAAACACUUUCCAUUGUGAACUGCUUGUGAAACUUACUAACAUGUGUCUUACCCUCCUGUGUGAUUACUUCCCCAUCGUUCCUCUGUUUUCUGUUUGCCCUGUUCCUGCGCUCUUUUCCGCGUCACAAUGAUUUGAUGAUUUUAUGUCUGUAGCACUGGAGCCAGCUCACUACUGUAUGAGAAUGUGACACUAGAGGCAUCCUUGAUUAUGCACUAUCUGCUGGUACUAACAUUUCAUUUUAAUGCAGGUGACAGGACAGUAGAGCGACUAAAGCUGUUUAUUAACAUGACUGUUUCUGGGAGAUUUCCAGGCCCGUGUUCACCUGUUUUAUUCAAAUAAAAUUGUUAUUUAUUAAAGUAAACAAAUGAUUUGCUAAAUUAAUAUUAUUGUGUUUCCAUUCCCUGCAGUCCAUCAUCAGCUUUAACUCUAUAGAAACUUGUUAUUUUAAAUGUGUUAUGGCCAAACACCAGAUUUAGUUUUCAACAUAUCCAUCAUAAAGAUUCUUCACCCUCUCAGUUUGAUGCCUAACACUAUGAUUAUCCAAAAUGUUUUUUCCAGUGCAUAAAAACAGUAUAAUGUGCAUCAUAAUAUCUAUUUGUAAAGAUCUUGUAAACACAAAAUUAUGAAUGUCGCCAUGGCAACUGGGAUAAAUCGCAUAAACCGCUCCAAGAGUCAGGUAAUAAGUAUGCGUGCCGCUGGGUCUCUGCUGAAAUCAGCUCAUAUUCAUCAUAUUCAAGCCUCGCAGGUCACAGAGGUUGAUGGUUGCAAAUAGAAUGUGAUAUGUGAGCAACUCUACACCAACAGAAAUAUGAAACUGUGUUAUAGAACAAUGACAGGUCACUCAGAGGAAAUGUUGAUGGUUUGUGUUUUGUCUGUUUGCUUAACAGCCUCCAGGGGAGUGUUAUACUUGUGUAAAAAUAAAGAUUUGAUGUGUUGUAA